AUCCAGUCCCUCCCUUCUCACCCAUCCCCACACACUCUUCUCACGUGCUCGGAGGGAGUUAGACAGCCGGGAGCCCCGUGGCUCUGCCAAAGACAAGCCCGUCGUCGGGUUUCAAGGAGGAAAAAAAAAUAAAUAAACCAACAAAAAACCUCAGGCCAAGUCAAAGCAUCGGAGUUGCUCCGAAGCAGCUGAGCAGACCCGAAGAUGAACGGUCCCGUGGACGGCAAGUACGACCGCUCUCAGGAGGGGGCCUUCAUGUUCACGUCGGAGUCUGUGGGAGAGGGCCAUCCAGAUAAGAUCUGCGAUCAGAUCAGCGACGCGGUCCUCGAUGCCCACCUCCAGCAGGACCCCAACGCCAAGGUGGCCUGUGAGACGGUGUGCAAGACGGGCAUGGUGCUGCUGUGCGGGGAGAUCACCUCCAGGGCCACGGUGGACUACCAGCGCGUGGUGCGCGAUGCCAUCAAGCACAUCGGCUACGAUGACUCGGCCAAGGGCUUUGACUUCAAGACCUGCAACGUGCUGGUGGCUUUGGAGCAGCAGUCCCCAGAUAUCGCCCAGGGCGUCCACCUAGACAGAAACGAAGAGGAUGUGGGUGCUGGGGACCAGGGCUUGAUGUUCGGCUACGCCACGGACGAGACGGAGGAGUGCAUGCCGCUCACCAUCAUCCUCGCUCACAAGCUCAACGCCCGCAUGGCGGAGCUGAGGCGCUCGGGAGUCCUCCCCUGGCUGAGGCCCGACUCGAAGACCCAGGUGACGGUGCAGUACGCGCAGGACAAGGGCGCCGUGGUUCCCGUGCGCGUCCACACCAUCGUCAUCUCGGUCCAGCACGACGAGGACAUCACGCUGGAGGACAUGCGCAGGGCCCUGAAGGAGCAAGUGAUCCAGGCCGUGGUGCCGGCCAAGUACCUGGACAAGAACACCAUCUACCACCUGCAGCCCAGCGGCCGCUUCGUCAUCGGGGGGCCCCAGGGUGACGCAGGCGUCACAGGCCGGAAGAUCAUCGUGGACACCUACGGCGGCUGGGGGGCGCAUGGCGGUGGGGCCUUCUCCGGGAAGGACUACACCAAGGUGGACCGCUCUGCCGCUUACGCCGCCCGCUGGGUGGCCAAGUCCCUGGUGAAAGCCGGGCUCUGCCGGCGAGUGCUGGUGCAGGUGUCCUAUGCCAUCGGGGUGGCCGAGCCCCUGUCCAUUUCGCUCUUCACCUAUGGGACAUCCCAGAAGACGGAGGCGGAGCUUCUAGAAGUGGUGAACAGGAACUUUGACCUCCGGCCCGGCGUCAUUGUCAAGCAACUGGACCUGAGGAAGCCCAUCUACCAGAAGACGGCGUGCUACGGCCACUUUGGGAGGAAGGAGUUCCCCUGGGAGGUCCCCAAGAAGCUUGUGUUUUAGAGCCCCCUGGGCGCCCCCUACCCAGGCUCCUGCCCUCGCCUGCCUGGACCCCAGCAAGCAGCCCCUCCCUCACCCCGCCCCCACCCUUUGGGCCGGGGACCUUCCCCGCGGGCCGGGUGGUGUGGAUUGUGUGGGCACCCUCCCUUCUCAUGCAGGGCACAUACUCCCUCCCUCCCGGGACCCCCCCCCCCCCGCGACCCCCGCUCCGGCAGGCUCCACACUUGCGUCAUAGUCGGCGCGUCUCACAGAACUCAGGGCUCUGUGGGGUCCUGCCCUACACACACACACACACACACACACACACACACACACACACACACCCGCUCAGUGACACACAGGCACUGAGCUCAUUGCUGGUCUCGUUUCUCCUUCACUGCAGCACGAUGAUGAGGUAGCACCUUCCCCCGCUUGUUAACAGGGAAACCCAGACGCAGACCACUGAGGUCACUGGCCCAGGGCCCCAGGGCUGCCUGGCUUGGGGCCUUCCCUUGAAUUCCAGAAGCUUCGACGCAGGAGCCUCUGUGGCAGCCCUGCCCUAUCUGGGGCCAGAAACGGGCCUAACCUAAGCAAUGCCAGAGCGGACUGCCUGGAGGCGGUGCCUCCACCCCCUGCCCAUCCCGGAGAUGGAAGUUGUUGGGAUUAAGGGUCUGACCACCCCCGCCCACACACACACACACACAGGCUCGGCCAGCCCAGGACCAUCUGCAGAGUCCAGUGUAGCUCAGGACCCUCCUUUGUUUUGAGAGCUGGGACCCCAACUGGCCAUGAGGCUGGGCUGGAGUUUGGAAUCAAGCAAGCACAUAACCCCCUCCCUGGCCCUCGGGCCUUUCAGGGCCCCUGGGUGAGUGGGCAGCCCCACCUGGGCUUCCCGGCUCUUCAGUCAGGGCCCCGGACUCUGGGGCCCCCUUCCUCUGGCUCCUGAGGACUCCUCGCCGUGUGCUGAAUCAGUAGGGUCACCUGCAGGGACCCCUUCCCGAGGGCCAGCCAGGUUCUAAGGGCUGAGCUGGUGAUGGACAGGCUGGCCCCGCCCUGCGAAGAGGAGCCGCUCUUCCUCCUUCUCUCCCGCCAGCCUCGCUCCCCCUCCCCCACAGCCUCCCCAGCAGCCCCCGGGACCCCAGGCAGGGCUGGGGGUAGCCCAAGAAGCCUGACGUGGCGCAGACGGCCCGGAGCCCCGAGGCUGAGCUCCCUUCCUCCCGGGGGCAGGGGGAUGCCCCCCCCCCAGAGCAUCAAAGCCCAGAACCUGGGCAGGAUUCAGGAGCCCUGGGCUCUCCCAGGGGUUCCCCAGCCCCCGGGGAAACCUCCAGAUCCUUUCAGGACAGGGAGGCAGCCAGGUGGCCCGGGUGGGGGUUGGGGGGUCCCCUAACUCGGGCCGGCCAAAUAUUCAUCCCAGUGGAAAUGUCCUAUUUGCCCACCUCCUUGCCACACCGGGCUCCACGUUGUUUAUAGGAUUGUGUAUACAAACUGGAACCUUUCUUUGUGAAUAGUUUCCGCUAGGAAGAAUU